AUGACAGUGAUGCCCCUUAUCCAUCUCUUCCUCCCACCCUCCACCGGUCCACCCUGUCUCUCUCCUCCCUGUUUCUCAAAAGCCGAGGAUCUAAUCAGUAAUGGCCAAGUUCAAGCCAUUGUAACUCAGAAGUCAGUCGUCAAAGCAGUAAAGUUUUCCCAGUUUGGAAACUUGAUGUCUAUCUGGAUGGAGGAAACAUAUUUGGGUAUACAUGGUGGCUUUGACAAAAAUAGUAGUGGCACUGGGACUAUGGAACUGGAACCUGUGUUCUGGCAAGAAGAUCCAGUAAUGACAUCUAAAGGGAGUGACAAGAUACUUGACCCUGAACCUUCACUUAAUCCAGAAUCCAAGAGCACAAAUGCCAGAAAAUUAUUAGUGGAAAGAAACUUGGGGAAGGUGUGCGGUGACAAUACUAUGAAGCCACUCAGGAUUGGCGUGCCACUAAAACCUGGUUUUGAAAAUUUUGUGAAGGUUUCCGAUCCUUGUUUAUAUUGCAAUGGUAUUGAUAUUUGUUCUAGUACCAAGAAACAAAAUAUCACUGGCUACAGCAUUGAUGUCUUUGAAGCUGCUAUGAAGAAGCUACAGGACCAGAAGAAGCUACGGGACCCUCCACGCUAUGAGUAUUGUGUUUUUGACGGUUCUUAUGACGAUCUAGUAGGCAGCGUAUCUUCAGUGCUGGUCCUGGUACAGAGUUACACAGCAAGUUUGUCAUCCUUGUUAACUGCAGAUAGGCUCCAGCCUUCGGUGAAGGAUCUGAACCAACUUCUGAAGGCUGGCGACUCUGUUGGAUACCAGAAGGGGUCAUUUGUGCACUCCCUCUUGAUGCAUAGAAAUUUUACCGCAGGAAAGUUAAUUCCUUAUUCUUCAGCAGAUGAUUAUGCUAAAGCUUUGAGGAAUGGAUCCAAGAACGGUGGUGUGUCAGCUAUCGUUGAUGAGGUCCCCUAUCUAAAAGCUUUCCUCUCUGACUCAAGAUACAAGGACGAAUUCGAAAUUCAGGAUCAAAUAUUCAGAACCCCUGGUUUUGGUUUUGUAUUCAAUUCAUGUCAUUGUCAACUGGUGAAUAAUCUUUCCAGCGCAAUUUUGGACAUCACUGGAGGGGAAGAGAGCUCAACAAUCGAAAAAGAAUGGCUGGGCACAAGCACAGCUGAUGAUGAUGAUGCAUCGCUGACCAUAACCAAGACAGAUUAUACACCUCUCACUCUGCGAAAUUUCUCUGGUCUCUUCCUCGUUAGUGGACUUGUUUCUUCUCUGAUGCUGCUGAUAAGCAUCGCCAAGUUGGACCGGAGCUGA